AUACGUAUCAAACUAUCAUUGAGGGUGUAUGUACAACUCCUCCAUUGCUAUUACAAUUGCUAUAAUGUGUCAAAUUUCUGCUCCGUGCACAAACAGAGAGCCUACCAAAAGCCCCCAGAUUUAGAAAUAAACAAAAUGAUACUCCACCCCUUUGGCACUUUCCAUCUGUAACGUGUACAAAUGUUAACCCGCCAUUUAUCGACACGCGUCGACAGAUGAAUGGCCAACAUGAAAGCCUCCCUCCACCAACCUCACAAUAUAUAGUGGCCAAACAGCAUUUUUUUCCAAAGCACUUGAAUGAUAGGAGUAUCAAUUUCACUAAACUGUCUAAUAGUACUAAAUUUUUUGUAAAGCCUAUCAAAGUGGAAAAGCAAAAUAAAAAAUGUCAUCGAACGGCUUGCCGGAGAUUAAUAUCUCCGGCCUCAAUUUCAAUGAAACUGAGCUCACCUUAGGUUUACCCGGCGAAUCACGCAAGCAAAUCUCCGGCAUAAAACGUGGAAUCUCCGAUGGUAUGGAAUUAAGCUUAGGAAGCUCAACUUCCCGCGAAUGCAAAGAUGAUCACUCGAAAAAUGAAAUAUCUACUGGAUCAAAACCUCCAACAACUAAAGCACAAGUAGUGGGAUGGCCACCUGUAAGAUCACACAGGAAAAACGUGAUGGAAAAGUGCAAGUACGUGAAGGUGGCAGUUGACGGGGCUCCAUACUUGAGAAAAGUAGAUCUGGAAUCGUACGACGGUUACCAAGAGCUGUUAAAUGCUUUAGAAAACAUGUUUACUUGCCUAACAAUCUGUAAUUUUGAAAGCGAGAGCAAACUUAUGGAUCUUACAAAUGGAACAGAAUAUUUACCAACUUAUGAGGAUAAAGAUGGGGACUGGAUGCUUGUAGGAGAUGUUCCGUGGAAAAUGUUUGUUGAUACAUGUAAAAGAAUAAGGUUGAUGAAGAGCUCGGAGGCUAUUGGAUUAGCUCCAAGGACGCCUGUGAGAUCAUCCUAAUUACCCCAAGAAUAACUCCAUGUACAGAUACCAACUGGGGGAAUAAGGCUAUUUCCUUUUUGUCUUCUUUAAUUCUAGGAAAAUAGGAUCAGUAAUGUAAUGCGAGGAUAUAAUUAGGCAAUUAUAUUACUUAGAAGUAUAUUUUGUCUUCCCCUGUGAGAGAAGAGGUUUGCUUUUAUUAUUAUUAUUGUAUUUGCAUGUACGUUUUUGUCGUUACGAUUGUAGAUCUCAGUCAUGAAUAAGGUCAUGAAAAAAAAAAAGAAAUUAACCUUCUGAACUCUUGUAUGAAUUGUGAGGGGGUGAAAAUAAUGAAGUUGAAUCUACAAAUCUCCAUCCUAA